UGCGACCAAAAUAGCGCAGCGCUGACAGUUAACGACCAAGCAUGGGCGUCUCGGGCAGCAUCGUCCGCCACAACAACGGGUCGGCGGGCCGCCACGGCAACAACCCGCCGCCGCUGUACGGCGACCCGACGAGCGGCAACCCAUCGGCGCCGCCCGUCGUGUACACACAGGCGCAGAUGCAGGCGCUCUACAUGAGCCGCGGGCGAGCCGACAUGGGCUUUAUCCAGUCGCAGAUGGGCGGCGCGUUCCAGGCCGCGCCCGAGAUGCAAGAAACGACGACCGUGCGCAAUGACGUCAACUUGAAGAAGCAGUCGGUCGCGCUCAAGACGUUGGCGACCGGCGAGUGCGUGCUCGAGUUCCUCUUUGACAGCGCCAAGCCCUGCAACAUCUUGCUCUACUUUAACGCGCUCGAGACCAUUGACGACGAUGGCAACUCGAACUUCCUCAACCAAAAGCCCGAGCUCAACCCGAACCCGGACCCGCUGCCCGUGUACCCGGCUGCGCUCGGCCAAGCGUUUUCGACGCCGCCCUUCGACCUCGCCGCGUGGCCGGUCCUCGAGACGACGCACCAAGCGAGCUCGACGACGUUUCCGCUUGUCGUCGAGAUCCAAGUCCACGUCGACGGACCGUCGCCGCCGCAGAAGCAGUCGACGUUCCUCUCGUUUCCCAAGGUGACGCGCGGCGACGAGACGACGUUCAAGGCGACAAUUCUCAAGCAAAAGGUCCAGGUCCAAGGCCAAACGUACGAGCUCCAGGAGAUUUACGGCAUGGACGGCUCGAUUGCUGCCGCGCCCAAGUCGCCAACUGACGGCGACGCAGAGGCCAAGGCGACGGCCACGGACGACGUCCUCGAAGGCGCCGAGUGCAUCAUCUGCCUCUGCGAGCCGCGCAACACGACCAUCUUGCCGUGUCGACACAUGUGCAUCUGCCUCGAGUGCUCCGAGGCGCUCAAGAAGCCAGGCAGCACAUGCCCUAUCUGCCGCACAAAAGUCGAGUCUCUACUGCAGAUUCGCGUGUCGUCCUAACCCGGCGUUGAUGUAUAUAUUGCUAUAUCGAUACGUCGAUGGGCUUGAU